AUGUCUGCGACGACGAGUAAACAGACGACUACAGUAGCAGUAGCUCAAAUACGAUCUACAGCUGAUCCAAUACAUAAUUUAGAGAUCAGUAAGAGGGUAAUCAGGAAAGCUGUUGAAGCAGGAGCGAAGGCAGUGUUCUUACCUGAAGCAUCAGAUUUCAUCAAUCAAUCAUUCGAAGAUUCAAGGAAAUUAUCAUUACCUUUAUCCAAACAUGAAUAUACGAUAGGAUUACAAAAAGUCGCCAAGGAAUUAGAGGUCACUAUAAGUGUUGGAAUUCAUGAAGGACCAGAAAAUCAAGAUGAAAGUAGAUUCUAUAAUACUCAUGUCAUUAUUGGGAAAGGAGGCGAUAUCUUGGCUAGUUAUAGAAAGCUACAUCUAUACGACGUAGAACUGACAAAACCACCUAAUGAAGAUGGAUCAAUCCCACCUCCUACAAGGACAGGUGAGAGUGAUCGUAUCUUACCUGGACAGAAGAUUGUCCCUCCUUUGGAAAUCGAAGGUUUGGGGAAAUUGGGCUUGGAAAUUUGUUAUGAUAUAAGGUUUCCAGAAUUAUCUAUGGUACUGACUCGACUCGGUGCAACGACUUUGUUAUUCCCCUCUGCGUUCAUGGUGAAAACAGGAAGAGAUCACUGGGCUACUCUAUGUCGAUCACAAGCGAUACAAUCACAAUCAUACGUCAUUGCAUCAGCUCAAUAUGGAGCACAUAAUGAUAAAAGAACAUCGUGGGGUGAAUCAGUAGCAUUUGAUCCAUGGGGCAAACAAUUAGGUAGAUUGAGAAGUGUAGAUGAUACUCUACCAGGAACAGAUCAAGCUAUCGAGAAGAUUUACGAGGAAGAAGGGGAAUUUUUCUUAUUUGAAUUAGGCGAUGAACCUCUAAAGCAAACAAGAGAUCAGAUUCCUCUGGCUGUACAAAGACGAAAGGAUAUAUAUGGUAUUGUAGGGGAAAAAUAUCAAGCUUGA